UGCCCGGGCCUCACCAGCUUCCCUCACAGGCUCCUUCCUGGGAGGAAGGGGCUGCCUGUGCCCUCGAAGGCGCAAGGGAGGGUAGGAGGGAGGCUCGGAAGGUGUUGCAAUCCCCAGCCCCCGUGCCCGUCAGAGGCCAAGCCAUUAACGACAGAGCUCGGGGAGAGAGGCUGGACUGCAGCUGGUUUCAGGAACUUCUCUCGACGAGGUGAAGAGAGACCAGGGAGGCCAAGCAGGUGCUGGACCAGAGGCUCCAAUAUGGGGAAACUGAGGCUCGGCUCGGAAAGGUGAAGUAACUUGUCCAAGGUCACAAGGAGCAUCCCUGACAACACCGGCAUGGCUUCCCCAGGAGAACCUGCCUAGUACUCAUGCAUGCCCAACCUGGAUGUGCCAGGGAGUGAACACCCAAGAGGCAUCCCUUGACCAAUGAGGGGCAGGAGUGAACAUCAAGUUGGCGCUAUGGCAAGGCUGAGAAACUUCAGCCUGACUUGGGCUGCCCUGAUCAUCCUGCUGCUCUCCGGAAGUCUGGAGGGGUGUGGGCACAUCAGUGUCUCGGCCCCCAUCGUCCGCCUGGGGGAUCCCAUCACGGCCUCCUGCAUCAUCACGCAGAAAUGCAGCCAUCUGGACCCGGAGUCACAGAUUCUUUGGAGACUGGGAGCAGAUCUUCAGCCUGGUGGGAGGCAGCAGCAUUUGUCUGAUGGGACCCAGGAAUCUACCAUCACCCUGCCCCACCUCAACCACACUCGGGCCUUUCUCUCCUGCUGCCUGAACUGGAGCAACACCGUGCAGAUCCUGGACCAGGUUGAGCUGCAUGCAGGCUACCCUCCAGCUGUACCCCGCAACCUCUCCUGCCUCAUGAACCUCACAACCAACAGCCUCAACUGCCAGUGGGAGCCAGGACCCGAGACCCACCUACCCACCAACAUCACUCUGAAGAGCUUCAAGAGCCGGGCCAACUGUCAGACCCAAGAGGACUCCAUCCAGGACUGUGUGCCCAAGGAUGGGCAGAGCCGCUGCUCCAUCCCACGCAGACACCUGCUGUUGUACCAGAAUAUGGUCAUCUGGGUGCAGGCAGAGAAUGCACUGGGGACCAGCAUGUCGCUACAACUGUGCCUUAAUCCCAUGGACGUUGUGAAACUGGAGCCCCCCAUGCUACGGACCCUGGACCCCAACCCUGAAGCGCCCCCUCCCGAGCCAGGCUGCCUACACUUGUGCUGGGAGCCAUGGAAGCCAGGCCUGUUUAUAAAUCAGAAGUGUGAGCUGCGCCACAAGCCACAGCGUGGAGAUGCCAGCUGGGCACUGGUGGGCCCCCUGCCUUCAGAGGCCUUUCAGUAUGAGCUCUGUGGGCUCCUCCCAGCCACGACCUACACCCUGCAGAUACGCUGCAUCCGCUGGCCCCUGCCUGGCCUUUGGAGCAACUGGAGCCCCAACCUGGAGCUGAGAACUACUGAACGGGCCCCCACUGUCAGACUGGACAUAUGGUGGCGGCAGAGGCAGCUGGACCCCAGGACAGUGCAGCUGUUCUGGAAGCCAGUGCCCCUGGAAGAAGACAGUGGACAGAUCCAAGGUUACCUGGUUUCUUGGAGACCCUCAGGCCAGGCUGCGGCCAUCCUGCCCCUCUGCAACACCACAGAGCUCAGCUGCACCUUCCACCUGCCUUCAGAAGCCCAGGAGGUGACCCUUGAGGCUUAUAACUCAGCUGGGACCUCUCUUCCCAGCCCGGUGGCCUUCUCAGAGAGCAGAGGCCCAGCCCUGACCAGACUCCAUGCCAUGUCCCGAGACCCUCACAGCCUCUGGGUGGGCUGGGAGCUCCCCAGUCCACAGCCUCAGGGCUAUGUGAUUGAAUGGGGCCCAGGCCCCUCCAGCACAAGCAACAGCAACAAGACCUGGAGGAUGGAACAGAGUGGGAGCAUCACAGGGUUUCUGCUGAAGGAGAACAUCAGGCCCUUUCAGCUCUAUGAGAUCACUGUGACUCCCUUGUACCAGGACGCCAUGGGACCCUCCCAGCAUGUCUACGCCUACUCCCAAGAAAGGGGCCCCUCCCGUGCCCCAGAACUUCGUCUAAACCACAUUGGCAAGACCUGGGCACAGCUGGAGUGGGUGCCCGAGCCCCCUGAGCUGGGGAAGAGCCCCCUGACCCACUACACCAUCUUUUGGACCAAUGCUCAGAACCAGUUCUUCUCCGCCAUCCUGAAUGCCUCAUCCAGUGGCUUUGUCCUCCAUGGCCUGAAGCCCGCCAGUCUGUAUCAUGUCCACCUCAUGGCCGCCAGCAAGGCUGGGGCCAUCAACAGUACAGUCCUCAACCUGAUGACCUUGACCCCAGAAGGGUCUGAGCUACACAUCCUCCUGGGCCUGUUCGGCCUGCUGCUCUUGCUCACCUGCCUCUGUGGAACUGUCUGGCUCUGCUGCAGCCCCAACAGGAAGAAUCCCCUCUGGCCAAAUGUCCCAGAUCCAGCUCACAGCAGCCUGGGCUCCUGGGUGCCCACCACCAUGGAGGAGGAGGCCUUCCAGCUGCCCAGCCUCGGCACGCCACCCAUCACCAAGCUCACAGUGCUGGAGGAGGAGAAGAAGCAGCCAGUGCCCUGGGAGUACCAUAACAGCUCAGAGACUUGUGGCCUCCCCACUCUGGUCCAGCCCUACGUGCUCCAGAGGGACCCAAGAGCAGCUUCCACACAGCCCCAAUCCCAGUCUGGCACCAGCGAUCAGGUCCUUUACGGGCAGCUGCUGGGCAGCCCCACAAGCCCAGGGCCAGGGCACUACCUCCGCUGCAACUCCACUCAGCCCCUCCUUGGGGGCGUCAGCCCUAGCCCCAAGUCCUAUGAGAACCUCUGGUUCCAGGCCAGCCCCCUGCGGACCCUGGCAGCCUCAGCCCCAAGCCAGGAGGACGACUGUGUCUUUGGGCCACUGCUCGACUUCCCUCUCCUGCAGGGAAUCCAGGUCCAUGGGGUGGAGGGGCUGGGGAGCUUCUAGGGCUUCCUGGGAUUCUGUUCUUGGGCCUGCCUCUUAAAGGCCUGAGCUAGCUGGAGGAGAGGGGAGGGUCCAAAAGCCCAUCACUAAAAACUACCCCAGCCCAGGCUCUCCCUCAUCAGCCAUCAGCAUCCCCCUCUCCUCCCAAUCUCCAUAGGGUGGACUUCCCAGACAACCUGCAUACUUUAAGGACCAGAUCAUGCUCCAUCGGCCCCACCCAAUGGCCUUUUGUGCUUGUUUCCUAUAAUUUCAGUAUUGUAAACUACUUUUUGGUUUUGAGUUUUUGUUGUUGUUUAGAGACACUCUUGAGUGUAA